AUUUCGCACAUAUAUUGAAAUAAAUAUAACAGUCUUAAUAUAUACGCCGAAUAAUUCAGCCUCAAUGGCGACUUUAAAAAAUUUCGGAAUAGUAAUCACUUUAUUGACAUACUUAUCGCUUCAAUUCAGUCAUAUUUAUGCUGAAAAUGCAGUUGCUGAGUCGAAGAAGCCGGAACUUAAAGAAAUUCAAGCCAAAUAUUCGAAUUCUGUUUUCGGUGAGUCGGACCAAGAGCCGACGAGACUAUCAACGAUUGAAAAAGGACUUGCUGAGGUGAAAAUUGGAGUUGGUGUAGUUUCUAGUUGGAUACCAAAGCCGAUAAAAAAUUUUUUCGGUUCAUCGAAUAAUAAAGGGCGUUCUGCACACGGAUUCAGUGCAUUUGUUAGCCAAUAUAGUGAUAAAUUUCGAGCAAUAUUUCCAGGUACUCGCUGGUGUGGUGAUGGCAGUAUUGCCCGUAGUGAUGAUGAUUUAGGCCGAUUCAAACUUACUGAUGCCUGUUGUAGACAACAUGACAAAUGUCCCUUCUAUAUAGCAAGUGGACAAAGUUUUGGCAAUUUAAAGAACAACGGUGCUUUUACAAGAUCAUGGUGCGCUUGUGAUCAAGAUUUUUACAAUUGCCUGAAGGAUGCUAAUAAUAUCAUCGCUCGGGAAAUUGGUCAGACAUAUUUUACAGUUUUAGGGCCUCAAUGUGUUGAUUACAAUUAUCCAGCGAAAUGUGUUAAAAAUUCCAGCAUAUUAGAUUUUACGGGAAGAAAAUGUGUUGAGUAUAAAUAUGAUGAGUCGCAGGAACAAAUCUUACAAUGGAAAGACAAUCCAACUUAUGUUAAAAUAUUUUGAGUACGACAAAAAUUAGAUGUUUGAAAAUUUUACACUUUUGUGAGAAUUUUAUACAAUCACUUUUGGUUUACUUUGUAAAAAAUUUAAAAUAAAGUUUGUACUCUAAGA